UCUAAACCUUCCUGUAUGACGUCAUACACACGGGCCAAUCCGCCAUCAGGCGGGUGGUUCCACAUCAGCCCCGCCCCCUUUCUACGUGUCAACAAUAGUGCCGUAAAGUGGCCUGAAGUGUCGUUCGUGAGUCGCGUCCUGACGGGCAGAAUUUUGGAGCCGGCACCCGCUUUUCUGAGCGGCUCUCACCUGGUCUGCUCUCUGGUGUGUGGACAUCCGGACUGGAUGAUCAUCAACCUGGAUGCGCUGGAUUACUGCUGCAGCCCCAGGAGUCUGCGGAGCGUGGAGAACAGGAGCAACUACAGAUUUUUGCAGGGAGACGUGUGCGACUCCUCCACGCUGGACCACAUCUUCAGCACCGAGAACAUCGACGUGGUCUUUCACCUGGCGGCCAGGACACACGUUGAGUCCUCCUUUCAGAACCCAUCCAGUUUCCAGUGGGUCAACGUGGAAGGAACCAGAACCUUACUGAGAGCUGCCCAGAGGGCCCAACACCGGCCGCAGCGGUUCCUAUAUAUCAGCACGGACGAGGUGUACGGAGCCAGCACCGACUGGGUGUUUGAUGAGUGCAGUCCACUGAGGCCCACUAACCCGUACGCCACCACAAAGGCAGAUGCAGAGAACCUGGUCAGGUCCUACUGGGACCGGUACCAGCUCCCCGUCAUCAUAACCAGGAGCAACAACGUCUACGGCCCCCGGCAGCACACCGAGAAGGUCAUUCCCAGGUUCCUCCGCCUCCUACAGCAGAACAACAAAUGCACCAUUCAGGGAACCAUCCCCAAAUCACGCCACUUCCUGUUCGUAAGUGACGCCAUCGACGCCUUCCUGCUGCUGCUGGAGAAGGGAGAUGUGGGAGAGGUCUACAACGUUGGUUCUGGCUGUGAGGUUCCCAUCCUUCAGCUGGCUCAGGAGCUGGUGAAAAUGGUGAAGAACGUUCCGGACUCUGAGGUGGACGAGUGGCUGGAGUUUGUGCCGGACAGGCCGCUGGUGGAGCUUCGGUACCCGAUCAGCAGUGAGAAGCUGCAGAGUCUGGGCUGGGGGGCCCAGGUGUCCUGGGCUGAUGGGAUCAGGCAGACAGUUCGGUGGUACCAGGACAACCCGGACUUCUGGGCAGAAGGGUCCACUAAUGCCCCCCCCUCCUGACAGCGGGGGUUGCCCUGCAGACUGACGUGAAGAAUCAGGAGAAGGAACCCAAAUCACCGUCGGGUCAACAGAACCAACCUUUUCAACAUUUGAAAUCCAACCUUCACUUCCUGUUUCCAGAACAGGAAGUGUCACUUCUAUGAAGUCAGCUGAAGGUUUACCCCAAAGUUUACAUAAUGAACAUUUAUGAUUACUUUCAAUGUUUUUAACAUAAAUCCGUUAGAGACUAUUAUGACUAUUAAGACUGAUUUAAACUGCCUUCAUUAAAAUAUUUUAAUCUAGAA